AUGACUGACUUAAACGCUUUCAUGAAUACUUCUUCAAGUACGUCUUUUUCACAAAAUAUUUCAGUAAUUUAUACAUUUAUAUUUCAGCAACAAGCCGAAGAACGUGCUCGUCUACUAAAAGAACAUUUGGAACGUCGUCGAAAACAAGGAAAAGAUUUUGAAAUGGAACGAAGACACCAACUUCUCAAGCUUGAACAAUUUGACCGCUUGUACAAACUACAGUAUAAAGAUAUUCGGGAAGAAAGUAAACCAACCGAUUCAAAUUCAUCCGAUGCAACUCCAAGACCAUCAGAAGCCCCUAGUAUAAGUAUGGUAUUGGCAAAACUAAAUGAAAUGCCUAUUCUGGAAAAAAUCAAUAAAUCACCAGAAAUAAAUCAAGAUAUGGAUACAGGUGGUGAAGAUGAAAGUUCAGCAAUGACUGAAGAUGAUCAAACAUCAAAUUCUAGUUCUGUUCACUCAAAUGUACUUCAUAAAUGUAAUGCGAUUCGUAAGAAAAAAGACAAUAUUCUAAGAAGAUUAAAUGCAAAAUCAACUGAUUCUCGUGGAAAAUGGAAUAAACUCCCUUCAAAUUAUAAAGCUGGUAUCAACCUUAAACAUUAUCUAGUUCAAGACAAAGAAGUUAUGAAACAUUCAAUAAAAGAUCAAUCAAUUGAAAGUACAUUUCUAGAGAAUUUAGCUAAACGUACUUUAGAAACAAGUGGUACUUCAAUGGAAUUAACUAAUUUACCAAAAGAUAGUGAAUUACCAUUACAAUAUUGUCAUCAUGAAUCUGAUUCGCAUAGAUCACAAUGGUUGCAUCCAGCGCAUAUACUUAUUCAUAAACUAGGUGAAGAAACGGUUUUAUCCGGUUCAUCUGACAAUCAAACAGUUGUUGGCAGUUCAGAUCUUAAUGUAACGAAAUCUGACCUUCAGAAUCGACUGAAUGGGUUGGGAAGUCCUGUGAAACAUGCAUGGCAGCUUGAAUUACAAGUAAAAGAGACUGGUGCAGAAACGAAGAUGACACUGCCAAGUACUACUACUUCUACUACCACGGUUACUGCUACAACAACUACUUCAUCCUCUUCUGUUAUGCAUAGUCCUUCUACACCGGGUCCAAGUGGACCAGGUGGUCCAAAUGUUCAUUUAUCCCCUGACUGUCUACAUCCAAUUAAUGAAAAGAAUCCAACCAGUUCAGCAGUAGUCAAUUCAACAGCUCUAUUCAACAAGAGGUUUCCAUAUAAUCGAAUGGCCACUUAUCGACUAAAGCAUCCACGAGUGAUUAGUACACCUGAUGAUAAAUUAUUUGAGAAGGUGGAUUUUCUGGAUGAUCCUAUUUCGGAUCAAAGUAUUCCAGAGCAUAGAAAGGAUAGAGCAUGUGAAUUAGAAGAUUUAGAAAAUGGUCAAAACUCUUUACAGGACAAAUACACUACAGAUUCAUAUCGACAAAUGAUUAAAUCCGGUUCAUUACCAAAUAUUAGUAACCUAUUCCCACUAUCCAAUGAUAUUGAACUAGACGAAGUUGGAUCUGUUCAAGAUCAAUAUUUACUACCUAGAAAUUCCUCUUCUCCUUCACAAGAUGAUCAUGAUCACAUUAAUCUCCAGGACUCACAAAAUCCUGGAAUACAACAACAAAAUAUCCAAAUUCUUGAAACAAGUUUUCAAAAUAAUAAUAAUAAUAAUACGGCAUCUCCAAAAGUUCUAAACAACGCUGAUGAUGAUAAUGUUGAUGACGAAGAGGACAUUGAAUUAGUCCGUCAAAGUAUGCUAAAAAUUAUUUUAAAUACUAGUACAAGCGCUGUUAGUUAUACUUCAUCUGAUGAAGGUGGAUGUUCUCAUAAUUCAAUGUUGACAGGAUUUGAUGAGCAAAUUCAGCAUGAGGCUAAUUCAUCAAAAAGGAGUUCAUACAAUUCCGGAGAGGAUAAUCAUGAAGAGUAUUCCAGUAGAGAACAAUAUUCUGUCGGUAAGGUGAAUGGAAUUCAUUCUGAAAGGAUUCAAAGGCAUAAAUACUCAUUAAAUAAUACUUUUUAUCGUGAAGAUGAUCUAAGGGAUUCAAGGAAACGAUCACUGUCAAUUAACCUGCCAGUUCAAAGAAUCCCUGGUCAACAUCAUUCAGAUGAGACAUAA